UGGGACGAUAUAGGUACGAUGGUAGUACGAUAAUGUACGACGAUGGUACGAUUCAGGGACGCUAGUGGGUACGAUGGUGUAUAAUACUAGUUUUUGCCAUAAAGGUACGAUGAUGGUACGACAUUAGCACGAUAUGGGUACGAUAGAAGGUUUUAUUGUUACUAUAUUCAUGUACGAUUGGGGUACGAUAAUGGUACGAUUGGGGUACGAUAGUUACUAUAUUCAUGUCUGAUAGUUUUUUGUUUAUUUAUUUUGGUACGAUAAUGUGGUUACUGACUUAAUUUUCCUUUAAUGUAGCAUUUAGAUGCAGCAUUCCAUCUCAUGAGGAGGCGUCUAGAAUUUUAUCCUAACGUGUACCCUCAGAAAUGUGUUGUUAUGCCUACAAUUUUUCCCGAAUCAUUGAAGGGUCGGUGGGACGCUUUUCCAGGUUCUGACUACUCUAGAUUUAGUUGGGAUGACAGUAUAUUGGACCUGGUUAGGGUGAUGCAGUCCAGUUCUUACCGAGUUGGCAGAAUAAGGAGUUCAUUUAUUUUGCCCUCUUCUUGAAAGACCAAAUGCAUUGGGUAGCUGUAGAGGCAGACCUGAAUGGGUGGAUGCUCAACAUCUUUGACUCCAGUAUUGGAUCAAUUUCCGAAAACGAUUUGAUCAGCUUGAUGGUUGACUGGUGUACCAUUUUCCCGUCGGUCUUGCGACAGUCCGGUUUAUUUGAGAACCAUGACGUUAUACUCGCGCCUCAGUUGACAGCAUCAGAGAGUCAGGUCAGACCCUUCGAUUGGAAACUCAUUCCACGUGAAUUCGUACCGCAAACAAAAUCCAGUGGCGAUUGCGGAUGUUACGUAAUUGAGCAUAUUGAACAUAAGCUUCUACAACUACCAUUUUGAUAAUGUAACUGACAAUAAUAUGAAACUUUUUAGGCAAAUGUGGUGUGUAGACUUAUUCUACCAAAACUUAUGUUGAACGGUCUUAAUUUUUUUGAAUUGUAUAAUUUUUUUGAUUGCUCUUUUUGUAAUUACUACAUUUUAAUGUGCUUAAUCUUUGCAUCGUACUAUCGUCGAUCACUAUCGUACUCUAUCGUACCCUCACAUGCCUCACAAAUUUCACGAACUGUACUGAAACCAUACCAUCGUACCAUUAUCGGACCAAUAUCGUACAUUAUCGUACCCUAAUGUCGUACAUUAACUAUCGUACUACAUCGAGCAACGUCGUACCAUAUUGUAAGAUACAUUUAAAUAAUCAUACAACAAACAAUAUCGUGCAUUGUCGUACCGGCAUCGUGCACUAUCGAACCAA